UGACCCUUCGGUGCGUUGAUCGGCGACUGUCGCAUCAGCAGCAGCAGCAGCAGCAGCCAUGGCGCCAUCCUGGACUCCGCUGCCGUCUCCACGCCCCGCCGGCUGCGCCCUGCUCUCGGUCGGGCUGCUGCUGCUGGCGCUCGGCGUGGCCUCCGCGGCCGUGGUGCGCGGCCAGCGGGAGGAGGCUAAUCCACUGACGCUGCUCUUGCUCCGCGGCCUCGGCGGGGCCCCGGCCGGCGCCCUGGUGGCCGAGGCCGUGCAGCUGGACGACGGGAUGGACGUGCCGUCGUCGUCGGCCGCGGCGCUGCGCAGGAUGCCGCCGGUUCAGGCCGCCGACGGCGACCUCGGCGACACCAUUUUCCUGCGCGCCGCCAAGCGGCAGGUCCGCUACCACCAGUGCUACUUCAACCCCAUCUCCUGCUUCGGAUAGCCGCGGUGGGGGCCGACGACGGCGACCUGAAAGUGCCGGAGAGUGGACCACUGUGCGCAUCCGGAAAGUGUGGGCGUGGACAGCAGUAGUAGGGUGUAAGUUGGAGAUCCGCACCCUCUCCAGGAAGAGACGUGGCCGGCGUUCAAUUUCAAUUGGCCUUUAUAGAUUAAACCUCUUCUUUCCUAUCGAUUUGUGUCAACUUUUUGUUUGUGUGCAUGUGUUUGUUGUUGCUGAUGUUGUUUAUUUAGAAGGUCGUCAAAUAUUCCGCUGAAUAAAUAACUUUGUUUACAAAACAUGUGAAA